AUGUCGGACAGUGAAACUUCAGAUCACCUUGAAUUUGAAGCUUUUGAAGCUCUGGAAGCCAUGCGGGAUAUGGUAUUGCCCGACGACGGGUAUAUCACACGAGGAGCCCAGAUGAUGGAAUGGAUCCGCAACCCAAACGAUCCUACUUGUCCAGGCAGUAUCAGCAUGUUGACUUGGGAGGAGAUCUUUGAAAGUGCAGAUGAAGUCGACAGAAGCGUCAAUUUUACGCCCCUUGCAAGCCUCGAGCGGGAUAUCGUCCUCCCAUCCCAAACGGAUUUCCCUCGCCAGGAGACGGAUUACCUGCACUGGACCCUUACUUAUGACAGUGCGACAAAUUACUCAGUUGGUCACUGGGAGGGCCUCACAGUCAAAGGGGCAAUUGUCCAUUGGGGCGUGGCACGCAGUGUCAACGGCAAUGAGGUUGGUAUCCCUUUCAUGUCGCAAGUUUCCCUUGCGCUCUAUGAACGGCACCAUGGCAGUACAGAGGACUUGAGAUAUGUCUUCUUUUGUUCGGUUAUCAAUAGCCAGACUGGCCGAUUCGUGCGGGGGUUGUACUCGGGGUGGGACCAGGACAACCCACCUCAGAGGCAACUCCACGCCUGGCCCAGCGGUUCUAGGGAAUACCUAGGGAUCAUGGGCACCCGAAUCGGCAGGAUGAUGGGGUUCAUAAUGCUGGGAGCGUUUGAGAGGGGAACGCACGGAAUCGAGUGCAUCAACACUUACCGGCAUGGGAAUUCUGUCUGUCUCCGCUUCGACAUUGCCGAACUCAGCCAGGAGUAA